AUGCCACCUCAUAUCCUCCUCGCUCAGCCCAUCCUGCCACCCUACCCCAUUCUCAUCCGCCUCUCUGCACUCGUCCCCAACGUGUAUCCAGCCCGGCAGAAUCGCAUUAACCCUCACGCCCUUUCCGCCCAGCGAAACCGCCAUGCUCUGCGUCAGCCCCAAAAGCCCAGCCUUUGUAGCCGAGUACGCCUCGUUAUCGGGCUCGCUCAUCACCGCCCUCGUGGAGGACACGUGAAUCACGCACCCUCCCGCCACGACCAACAUGUCCAGACAGGCCUGCGUCAUGAGCAUCGGCGCCGUGAGAUUCGUCUGGAUGCUCUUAUUCCACUCCUCCAGCGUCAUGUCCCGGAGGGCCAGGCCGCCCACGCCCCCCGUGUAAGCGGCAUUGUUGACCAGGCAGUCCAGGCGGCCGGCGAAGAAGGACCGCGCGUGUUGGGCGGCGAGGGUGAUGGCGCCCGGGGAGCAGAGGUCGGCCACGCACGUGGAAAACGUGUCGCCGGCGUGCGCCUUCGACAGCAUGCCCGCCGUGUGCUCGAGCUCGCGGGCGUCGACGUCGACGAGGAACACGCGGUGGCGGGAGGCGAGGAGGUGGCGGGCGAGGCCGCGGCCGAUCCCGCGUGCUGCGCCGGUGAUGAGGAAGUUCUUCGACAUGAGGAGAUGGUUGUGCCGCUUUUCCUACAUGGCUUUGGAGAUGGAGAUGGGCAAGUUUGGCGCGAGUGGCAUGGACCGAGUUGA